AUGACUUUAUCCUCCACACCUAAACAUCCCCAUUCUCAAAACUCACCUCCUUCAACCUCAAAAACAGCCGCUACACCUUCUUGGCUCCCGCGCGCACCACCAAAGCAAAGAAUGGCCCUCUCGUUCAAAAACCUCGUGAGCUCCGUGCUAGGCAGCGGAGCCGCCAAGGACGACGACAAGCCGCCCUCUGCUUCGGAGCUUUUUGUCAAGACGGAUCCUAAAGUGGACGGCGAGGAGUGUCUGCACGACUGCGAGAACUGCUCUGCGCGGUAUCCCAGGGGCUUCAAGAUCGAGGAGGAGGAUGUGCUGUAUGGGCAUGUUGAGGCCUGGAGUACGCAUCUUCUGGUGGGGACCGGAAAGACGGAUUGGGUGAGGGAUGUGGCAGAUGAGGAGGGCAGUGUGAUGGAGGCAUUUUCUAAGGCGAGCGAGCCUACGAAUGGGAAACUCAAACUCUCGGCAUCUAAUAUGCCCACUCCUCAUGACACAGACGACUACUCUGAGCCCACAACCCUUCUUCUCUUACCAGCUUUCAAACUCCUUCACAACGUCCACCCGCUCAGUGUGCCCCAGAUCGUCACCGAGGUCAUCAACCGAGCACCCACCAGCGUCUCUCCCCUCAACCCCACGCCCCUCCCCGCUUCCCUCCCAUCUCCAGACCCAGCCGCCGGCAUCCCUGACGUCUCUCUGGCCGACUGCCCUCACAGCGCCGUGAUCCUCAUGUGCAGCCAUCGAACGCGUGACGUCCGUUGUGCGCAGAGUGCGCCUGUUCUGAGGAAGGAGUUUGAGCGCCAGCUUAGGCCGUUGGGUCUGUAUCGGGAUUUGCACGAUGAGAGGCCCGGUGGUGUUGGUAUAUACUACAUCAGCCACGUAGGAGGACACAAGUACUCUGCCAAUGUUAUGAUCUACCGGCGACCGAAUGCUUUUGGUCUGGAUGAUCCGGUUGCCGAGAAGCAGAAUGGGGUAAGCGGUGCUGAGAAGAACGGCAAUGGCGUUAAUGGUGUAGAAGAGCAGAGUCCUGGAGCAUCUCAGGGUAUCUGGCUCGCUCGUGUCAUGCCCGAAGACUGCGAGAAUCUCAUCCGUUAUACAGUCCUGAGGGGUAAGGUUGUCAAGCCGGAACGUCAGCUACGAGGCGGUUUUGACCGUAGCAGAGGAGUCAUGAGCUGGUGA